AAAACACGAAUUCAAACUCCAGCUUGUAAACCUGUUGAUCUUCUUGCAUCUCAAAUGUCAGCUGGACAAGCAGCGUAGGUGUUGUAGGAGGGGCAUCCAUGGAUUAUGCUUUCAGCUGUGCAGGUUUAAAUUGCUGCUUCUGUACUCGGUGAUCACUUGCUGCCAGGGGACUUUGGUAUCAUGUGCGUGGGCGAUGGGCCAUGGGACACCUUUUAAUAUGAACUUGGCUGGACUUGUGCAGAGUCUCCUGCUUUUGGUCCACAUUAAACAGCUCACAUGUGGCUCCAUCCAGUUUGUAGUCCCAGAAGAACUGGAGCCCGGUACCCUGGUUGGAACACUCGGUAAACUAUUUCAACCUCCAUACAAGCUUCUGACCCAGGAGUAUAUGUGGAUGGACACAAACACUGGGAAUAUCUACACUACUGAGCAAAAGAUGGAUCGCGAGUUCGUCUGCCCCGAGGAGACAAAAGCUGAAGAAUGCAUUAUUCCGCACAGUGUUGUUGUGGGGCCCUCAGGGGACCUUAUACAGUUUCAUGUGAUCAUAGAGGACAUCAAUGACAAUGCACCACAGUUUGAAAACAGCGAAAUACACCUGAGGGUGUCUGAGGACACGGCUGUGGGGACCAGUUUUCUGCUGGACGACCAGGCUCAGGACAGGGAUAUCCAACAGAAUGGAAAGCUUCAGUACCACCUUCAAGGCUCUGAAGGGACUUUUACUUUAAACAUAGGGCAGGACGGAUUUUCAAUCAUGCUGGUUGUACAAACUGCUCUGGACAGGGAGACUCAGGAACUCUAUAAAAUGCAGCUGGUGGUCACAGAUUGUGGUGCACACCCUUUAAGUGCAUCAGCAGCUUUGAUAGUCACAGUGACAGAUGUUGAUGACAACUGCCCAAGCUUUAGCUCUGACAGCCCACAGACGGUCACAAUCCAAGGAGACUCCCCUCAGAACAUGGUGGUUACUCAGGUCACAGCCACAGAUCCAGAUACUGGCCCAAAUGCUGCCAUCAUUUAUUCCCUCAGUCCCAAGGUGUCCGAGAGGGCCAAGAAGCUUUUUAGCCUUGACAGACGCACUGGGUACAUCAGACUAGCACAGGACCUCCACAGCGACAAGUCUGAGGAGGUAGUGUUGAAAGUGUUAGCCAGCGGUCCUCACUGCCCCCCAGCAAACACUCAGGUAACUGUAUCUGUGCUCCCCAAGGCAAACCAAGAGCUCAUGAUCAAGGUCAGAUCAGUAGAAGGAUCUGUGAUCAUUCCAUCAAGGCAAGUGAUCAAGGUAUUGGUGGCAGAUGUCAAUGAUAACGCCCCGCUUUUCCCCGUCUCUCACUAUCAGCUUUCAGUGGAGGAAAACAACCAGCCAGGAAUGCCACUGCUGCAGGUGUCAGCAUCUGAUGCAGACAGUGGAAACAACAGCAGGGUGACCUACAGGCUUGAAAAAAACACAUCUGCCAUCUUUCACAUUGACUCUGUGACAGGACAACUGUCCGUGUCAGCUCCUCUGGAUAGGGAACAACAGGAUGUACACAAACUCACUGUGUUUGCUGGAGAUAGUGGCUCUCCUCCACUGGAGUCCCAGGUCACUGUAAUUAUUCGUAUUCUGGACCAGAAUGACAAUGCACCUGUUUUUCUAACCUCUCACUUCAUCUUUUUCAUCCCUGAGAAUGUAUCACCACUUUCCCUGGUCGGGAGCAUAGAGGUGAAAGACCCAGAUGAAGGGGAGAAUGGGAGCAUAGAACUGCAUGUUGUAAACAGCACUGCACCAUUUGUUGUGGAUAAUGCGCGGGGAACACUACGCACCACCAGCAACUUGGACCGUGAGACAGAGGACCGCCAUGAACUCCACGUGCUGGCCACUGAUAAUGGGCAUCCAGUGGCUUUGACUUCCAUUGUUAGAGUGACUGUCUUUGUGGAGGACAUGAAUGACAACCAGCCAAAAGUGAUCCUUCCCAGCAGUAACUCCUCAUGCCAAACUGUCUCUCCAGGUACCCUGGCAGGUACUGUAGUAGCAAAAAUAUAUGCCAUUGAUGAGGACUCCGGGCUAAAUUCUGAGAUUAUGUUCUCCAUUGUGGCAUCAGAGCCAGCUCAAAAAAGCAGCCCAUUCCAGGUAGACUUAAGGUCAGGAAACAUCACGUUAAGUCAGCAGCUCCUUCCCAUAGACAUGGGAAUGCAUAAUCUGUUUGUUAUAGUAAGAGACAAUGGUAAACCAACUCCCCUUUAUACCACUGUCUGGGUUAAUCUGUUGGUCAAUGAGAGUCUGGAAAACUGCUAUUUGGACAGGGCUCCUGCUUGGACAGGGACAUCUGAUUUGGUGCAAAGCCCUUCAAAAGCCCCUAUAUGUAAAGUAGAAAUAAUUAAAUAUGCUCAAGCUAUAUUCAUUACUGGCUUGUGCAUGUUGCUGGCAUCCGCCAGUUUGCUUUUGGUGUCAACUUAUUUAUUUCUAAAAAAUAGAAGUUUAAGAAACAACAAGAAUGGACACAGGGGGGAGAAUAUGAUUCCACUCAGACUCAAAGAAAAAUAUUUGUCUGAAGAAUAA